UUCCCGGAACGCCAGUCCUGCAUGAGAUCGAAGCCCUAGACUCAGCUCGGAUUCGUGUGCGGUGGCUUGCAGCUCCCUCCGGUCCGUCCGUGGAUUGGUCUAACGGUACACUGGAAACCACAGUCAGACCAUCCCAGGUUCAACAAUUUCUCGUCCAGUGGUCCCCAUUCCCGUUCACCGAUUGGGACGAAAAGCGUGUUCGAGUGUUUGGUCCGGGCGGAUCACAUACUGUCCCGGGAAGACAAGUCUAUGAACUCGUGAUUGGUGGAUUGUUGUCUCGGACAGCCUACCGAAUUCGUAUUACAGCUAUUGGAUCCGAGGGUAUGGGCUCCGCAUUGGAUUUGGGUCCGUUGAAAACCAAAGGACAAGGUGAGUAG